AUGGCACAGAUGUGGCUUCUUUGGUGGCCAAAAAGCACUUGCACCAGCAAAAGGGGAGGCGAUAGAGGUGCAGCCUCAAGCAGCACCACCACCAGAGCCACGACUGGUAGAAGCUCCUCAGUGGGCAAAAAUGGGACGCCAAGUUGCUGUUGUGCAUGUCUAGCAAGGAUUGUAAGGAAGGUGAAGAAAGAGAGUAAAGAGAUGGUACGGGGUGCAAGAGCAAGUAGGCAAAGCUCAUUCCAGUGCCGGUAUGAUCCAUUGAGCUAUUCUCUCAACUUUGAUAGAAGCGGGUGUGGGAGCGCGGUAGAUGAUGAAUAUUACUACCAGUUCUAUGCAUUCUCUUCAAGAUUUGUGGCAAACCCAAGAAGACCAGCUUCCUCAAACCACAUGCUGCCUGCUGCUGCUGCUCCUUAA